CUCUGGUGUGGUCGGUGGCCUUGGUCCUGCAGAGAUGCUUCAGAGCCUUAUCAGGAAUGCCUGGGUCCCCAUGAAACCCUACUAUACCCAGGUUUACCAGGAAAUUUGGGUAGGAAUGGGGUUAAUGACCUUCAUCCUUUAUAAAAUCAGGAGUGCUGAUAAAAGAAAUAAAGCUUUGAAAGGCUCCAGUUCUGCACCUGCCCAUGGCCAUUAUUAACGAACUGAUCCUUGAGUCCAUUCAAGAGGAAUCCUGUUGCCUAAACUUA